AUGCCAGUGUGUGGCGUGUCGGCUGUAGCGCGAGGCGCUCGUUCUCCUUCGGGGAAUAUGAUCAGCGAAGUGGCAUACAUUGAACUGAUGAAAAAUUGCUCAAAAUGGAACGAAAGAGCCAGCAACGAACGCAGAGCCAGGAUGCGUUAUCCAUUUUUCGAUCAACAAACGGGUACAGCUCAUCGUUUCAAUCCGGUCUUCUAUCGCUCUCCUUCUCAACGUGCUAGUUCUACUGAUCCGAAUAUCGUUGUACAGUACACAACCCAGCGAUGGCGUCGUCGACAGUCUGCCAAUUCAUCCGAUGCCAUUGAAAUGAAGAUGUUCCUUCGUGAUAAUCCAGCACUUGAUGCAGCUCUGAAUACAACAACGUCAACAACUCAAUCUGAGUCACUUGAUACUGGAUUUGAUUAUGGACAAGGAAAAGGGACGCCGAAGGGCCUUUUUGAUUACACAGAGGAAGGAGAUGAUGAUGCAUCAAAUGAUGACGGCGGUAGUGAUGAAGACGAUUGGGGGUCAAAGCGAAAAAGUCGCAAAGCUCAAGGCAGUUCAUCUGGUACAGGAAGCAGUUCGAAAAACAAGAAGAAGGCGAGUGACUCCUCGAGAGGAGGGCGAAGUAGCGCCGCGGCAGCGAGUGCGGCGCAGGACGCGGCGGAUGAAACAAUGAAUUUCCAUUGCAAAAUGUGCUCAGCGGCCUACAAGAGUCUCGCGGGCUUAGCCUAUCACAAAGCUUUUCAACACCACAUGCCUCUACCUAAUGGUGUGAACGUAGAAAUCUCUUCUCACCUGGAAACAUCGUCGAUCUGUGAUUUGUGUCUUGGCAGUAAACACAUGAACAAGAAGACGAAGAAAGCUGAGGAGCUUGUUGUGUGUCAUGACUGCGGGAGAUCUGCUCAUCCUACCUGCCUUAAUUUCAACGACAAUGUUCCUGUCAUCAUUAAACGCUAUGGAUGGCAGUGUAUAGAAUGCAAGAGCUGCACCAUUUGUGGAACUUCGGAGAACGACGACAAGCUGCUGUUCUGUGAUGAUUGCGACCGUGGCUACCAUACGUACUGUUUCAAUCCGGCUAUGAAGAGUUUGCCGGAGAACGAGUAUUCGUGCGAGCUAUGCAUCAGAACAUUCGGUGAUCAGGCCAGUGCUGCACCGAAAACUACCACGAAAGAAAAAGAUUAG